GCCGCCUGACGAUGCUUUGCAGAAUUUGAUUAAACAUUAGCUACCCAAGCCCGUCCCAUGACGAGCGAUUAUCUUUCUUUCCUUUUUUUCUGCAUUUGUCUCAGUGUGCUGACACGCAGAGGUUCCUGGCACUCAUUCAGAGCGGCAGCGGCAGCGGCAGCAGCAGCCGGGCUCGGGUAAGCGCUGCGCGCCGCACUUCCUCAACUUGGACCCUCCAGUCGCUUGCGGAGCAGCACGCCGCGUGGGCGCUCGGGCUGCCUGCCUUGUGAGACGUCUUCCUCUCUGGCUUUGUGGCGCUCCUGCAAAAAGUCCGGCACAAAUUGUGUGAAAUUCCGUCUGGCGGGUGUUACAUUUUACCGGACGGUGGUGAACUUGAGGUUUGGUUCGAAGGAGAGGAGGAGAAGAGAAGACAAGAGAAGGAGGAGGAGGAGGCGGCAACGGCGGAGAAGUGAAAGUGCGCGCCGGCUUUAGGAGGAAGCACGUAUGGUGGCCACUAUCAAAAGCGGACAGCAGGGUCCUGGUGGCUCAUCGUUCUGCACCUUCUGGAGGAUUUGGAGCCAUGACCUUUACCACAGUCCACAUUUUUUGAAAAGAAGAAGAACAUGCCGUUGCUGGCACAGAGGAGGUCAGCUUGCAUCUAUGGCCCCGUAAGACGACACGCGAAACGGAUGCUGAGACUUUGGAAAAACCACAGAUUUGUCUCCACGUUGCCAUUCAUCGGUUUUCUCCAUUGUGGUGGACUGGCCUGACAACCCGGAGUGGACUGCUCAGCCCCAUUUCUUUUAUUUUUUUAAUGCAUCACUUCUGCCUGGGAUGGAAGUCACAGAUGAGGUUUUCCGGACAUUUCUGUUGCUCCUCCCCUAAACUGCCUGCUCGCCGGCUCAGCCGUUCUUCACGCUCGGAUCUGACAGACUCCCCACUUCCAGCUUCACAGCUGCCGGCCGUCACCAUGGGGUCUUUCCGCCGUCCUCGGCCUCGGUUCAUGAGCUCUCCCGUCCUUAGUGAUCUUCCUCGGUUCCAUGCCACCCGUCAGGCUCUGCUGCUGAGCAACAAUUCUGCCUGGAACAGUGUCCAGUCAGCCGUUUUUAAGGUUUUUCAAGGCGGUGGCCUACAGAACAAUGAGCUGUACCUUCUGAACGAGAGCAUCAGGCAACUGUUGAAAACGGAACUGGGAUCCUUCAUUUGUGAUUAUUUUCAGAACCAGCUUCUUAGCAAAGGCCUGCUGUACAUCGAACAGAAGAUCCUCCUAUAUGAAGGCAACAAUCAGCUCCUGAUUUUAGCAGAGAUGUGGGAACGCUUCUUCACCGAGAUCCUGCCAACUUUACAGGCCAUCUUCUACCCUGUACAGGGCCAGGAGCUGACAGUCAGACAGAUGGCCUUGUUGGGCUUUAGAGAUCUGAUCCUGCUGAAGCUCCCGCUGGAGGAUCUCCUGCACCCUUUUCAAGCCCAGAUGCCAGCGGACAUCACCCAGAUGCUGCUCGUCCUGCAGGGAAUCCAUGAGCCUUGUGGACCCAGCAAACAAUACUGCCAGCUGGAAAGAUUAGUGGAGAUGGUGGUCUCACCUUAUUUGGGAAACUACCUGGAGGAAAGUCAAACAGCCGGCUGUGUCGGGAGUAGGCUUUGUAAAUCCCGACCAAACAUGAUGGGCAUCUCACAGUACGGCCCUGAAAUCGUCAUCACGUCCCACGCCCAAGAUUCAUCUCUGGCGCCCCUCGUGGAGCAAGAGGGCGAAGUCUACCUGGAAAAAGUCGGUGGGGUGCGACGGCACACCAUAGCCAACGCCCACCCGGAUCUGCAGUUCAUCGCUGUGGCCACCAUGAUGCACGCCGGCCUGGUGGAGGACUCCGGAUUGGCACGCCCGCACUUUGUCAGCGAUCAAUGCCUGGCGGACACACCCGAGGACCUGCUGAUGGUUUCUCCCGACUUGAACUGCCAAGCCCUAACUUAGGGUGUCAUUCCCAGCGUUUUGUGGAUUAUAAAUUACAUGCCACCCCACCCAGACGCCUCAGACUUAAGCUGACAAAGGGGAGGCC